CGCUGGUGGCCAACCGCCGUUCAAACUCAAGAAGAAGAAGAAGCAGACGAAGAAGAAGAAGAAGAAGAAGAAGAAGAAGUGCUAGUGCUAGAGCUAAGCUCUUGUGUUUAGCAAACACUGCUGUAUACAGGAUGGCUGAGGAGCAACACCACAGCGGCUUUCAUAGAAACAUACCGAACUGACGUUCAUGUUUGGGAAAUAAAGUCUCCAGGCUGCAGGAGGGAGGAAGUGUGUGUGUAAGCCUGAGCAGUGACACACAAGUGAUGGGUCCUAGGAGGAAGGCCUCUAAACUCCAGCCUGUAGGGGGCAGCGGUGGAGGGGAGCUGGUCCCGAGACACAGUGAGCCCAAAGACUACAUCAAUGAGCUGUCCCAUGAAGUCCUGUGUCAUAUAUUCAGGUACCUUCCCAUGAAGGACAUCAUGUGUAUGGAGUGUCUGUCCAGAAAGCUUCGGGAAGCUGUAACUCUGUACCUGAGGGUGGUCAAGGUAGUGGAUCUGUGUGCUGGCCGCUGGUGGGAGUAUAUGCCUUCAGGCUUUACAGACAGCAGCUUUCUGCUCCUUUUGAAGAAGAUGCCAGAUCUGGAGCAGCUAUAUGGCCUCCACCCUCGAUACCUGGAGAGGAGACGAGUCCGAGGCUAUGAGGCUUUCAGUAUACCUGGAGUCCUGGAGGCACUACAAGCCUGUCCCAAUCUGCUGGGUGUGGAGACAUCCCAUCUGGAGCUGGUGGAAGCCAUAUGGAACUACAUGCCUCAGGUUCACAUACUGGGAAAGUUCCGCAACCGUAACGGGGCUUUUCCCAUUCCCGCUGAGAACAAACUGACCAUCCCUAUAACGGCAAAGAUCCAGACCCUACAUCUAGUGGGUGUGAAUGUCCCAGAGAUCCCCUGUGUGUCUAUGCUGCGCCACCUUUACCUGAAGUGGGUCCGUCUCACCAAACCACAGCCGUUUAAGGACUUUCUGUGUGUGAGCCUGAGAACCUUUGUCAUGCGGAACUGUGCAGGGCCGACCAACUCCCUCAAAUAUGUUCCCCUGGUUACUGGUUUAGCAUCAGCCCGGAACCUGGAGCAGCUGGAGUUGGUGAGAGUUCCCUUCCUGGGAGGGCUCAUCCAACAUGUGGUGGAGGACAGCUGGAGGUCAGGAGGAUUUCGGAACCUCCACACCAUUGUGUUUGGAGCCUGUAAGAAUGCUCUGGAAGUGGACUUGGGCUACCUCAUCAUUACUGCUGCUCGCAGACUUCAUGAGCUGCGUAUCCAGCCUUCACUGACUAAAGAUGGCGUCUUCUCAGCUCUCAAAAUGGCUGAACUAGAGUUUCCUCAGUUUGAGACGCUUCAUCUGGGAUACGUGGAUGAGUUCCUGCUGCAAUGUAAGAUGAGUCAUUCGGAGCUGGUGAAGUACGGUCUGGCUGAUGUCAUUGAGAACCCCGGCAUCAUCACUGAUAUUGGCAUAAAGGUGGUGAACGAGGUGUUCACUAAUAUUAAAUACCUCCUCAUCUACAACUGUCCCCACCUGCACAACCCUCACCACUGGAUCACAGAUCAGUCCAGAUGGAGCCGUCUUGUUGAUCUCACUCUGGUUCGCUGUCAUGCUAUCAAACUGGAAUCCUUCUCCCAGUUCAUAGAGUUACUACCCAGUCUGGAGUUUAUCUGUCUGGACCAGAUGUUUAGAGAACCACCCAAGGGCUGUGCCAGGGUGGGCCUGAGUGCAGGAACUGGUAUUGGCGUGUCCUCAGCACUGGUCAGCAACCAGAACUCCAACAAUGACAAUGACAACAACAACAACCACCACCACCACAAUAAUGAGGCCAACCUGCCUCCUGCUCCUCCACCUGUCGUCAACAACAACAUCAACAACAACAACCAAAGGCAGCAGCAGCAGCAGCAGCACAACGCACCAGUGGAGGUAAAUGGGAUGGAGGAUGAGGAAGAGGAGGAGGAGGAGUUGAUGAUGGAGGAGGAGAACAUGGAGGCUGAGCCUCAGAUAGAGCUGAAAGGAGCAGAAGAGGAGGUGAGAGUUGAAGAAGCUGACGUGUCUCCGGGGCCCAGUCGUCCAGCUGGAACACCACAGCCUCCUGAUGAGGAGCAAGCAGGUCCCAGUGGUUUAGUCCAGCAGUGCAGAGCAGCUGGCGCUGCUGUUCCCAAGCCCCCGCUGGUCAUCUCGGACUCGGACAGUGAGGAAGAGGAAGGCCUUGUUUCAAGGCUAAUGCCAGCUUCCUGUUUGCGGCAGCCAGCUUCCUGUGCAGAAGGUAAAGGAAAGACUCCUCUGCGGCGGAGCAGCAAUGUGGCUGUGUCGGUGGCAGGCUCGGUAGAUCAGACAAAGGCCCAGGUGUUAGAGAGCAGCUGUGAGAAGAGCUGUCAGGUGACCAGUGAACAGAUCAAGGCAGACAUGAAGGCUGCUGCCGAGAACAGCAGGAGGACUAGCAGCAAAGGAAUUACUACUGAGGCUGGGGAGACCACCGCAAGGCCCGGGGCCGACAGUGAGACGGUACGGGGCUCUGGGAGUGCUGGGGCAGCAGCAAGGACCGGAGUUAGGCCAGUGACUGGAUCUGUGGGCAGGGUUGGACCUGGGGCAGCCACAUCCAGGCAGGUGGGUGGAUGUGGGAAGGUGGUGGCAGGGACCUCCCACAGAGCAACCACAACCACUGACAGAGCUACAGGAACUGGCAGGACUAAUGAUGGCACACAGGGCCCAUCUGGAGCACAGACUGGGGACAGUUUCACAAGAGAGGCUGGGGCGAGGCAGAGCUCUGGUCCUGCCAGUAUGGACAAUCUGGAGCCCAGAGAUGCUGCUGUAAACCAUGCUCCCAGGAGACCAGUACUGCUGGCUGGACAGGGAGAGAGACCACCUGCCUCUGCUGCUGGUUCAGGUUCACAGCAGGGUCAGGCCAGAGACAACUUUGUUCCUAGACGACCUUUGACCCGAUCUUGCACCCGUAUGUCCUCUGUGUCCCUGCUACCUGAGACAGAUCUUUCAAGAGCCAGGCCUCGAGUAGCAGUGAGGAGGAAACGAAUGGCUGACAAAUCAACCAGCACCUCAGACCCGGUCACUGAGGACGACCACGUACAGAUUUUGUCUCUGAAGAGUAAGAACCUGGUGGGCAUCACACUGACCAACUGUGGAAUCACUGACCUGGUCCUCAAAGACUGCCCCAAGAUGAUGUUCAUUCAUGCCACCAGAUGUCGGGUGUUGAAGCAGCUGCGAGUAGAAAGUGCCCCGAUAGUGAACAGGUUUGAUUACGCUCAGUGUAAGAAACUGGACAUGGAACAGGUCCUGGAUCAAAUACUGAAAAUGCCUCCUGAGAGGAACCGCAUCAUCUACAUGCGCCCUAUGCACCAGAUUGACUCAGUAGCAUUGGAGCGUCAGCUCUUCCAGGGGCCCUAUCCCUAUCACAUCGCUAUAGUGCAUGAGUUCAGCAACCCUCCAAACAUACGCAACAAGGUUCGCAUUCGCAGCUGGAUGGACACCAUAGCUAACAUCAGCCAAGAGUUAAUCAAGUAUGAGUUCUUCCCAGAGGCCACCAGGACAGAAGAGGAUGUGAAGAAGUAUCCCAAAUACCCCUGGGGCCGGGACAUCUAUACACUGGAGGGAGUGGUGGAUGGUGCUCCCUACAGCAUGAUAACAGACUUCCCCUGGCUGAGGACUCUGAGAGCAGCUGAUCCCAACAGCUACGCGCGCUAUGACUUUGAAGACGAUGAAAGCACCACAAUCUACGCCCCACGGCGUAAAGGCCAGCUGUCAGCUGACAUCUGCAUGGAGACCAUCGGGGAGGAGAUCUCAGAGCGCCGACAGAGCAAACGAGGAGUGUUUCAGAGAGUGGUGGUCCUCUUCCUCCAUCACUGUGAUACACCAGGAGAACCUGUGGAUGAUGACUACAUCUAGACUCCACAAAACACCGCCCUGUCAGAGCUGUGUUCUUACACACUGAUAUGCACAUGAUAACUCAGAGACGUAACUAGCUUCAUGGAGAAGGAAUAACUACAGUUGAAGGGCACUGGGGGGGUGCUGCCAAAGAUGAAUGGAAGUGGCCAAAACUCAACAUCUUCCAAAGAUUGUACACUUUUGUGAUUCCGUUCAUUAGGACCAGAUUGAAGGAGUAAUCAGUUAUCCCUUUUUAGUUCCAUGAGGGAAAAUACAUUUUGGAUUUUGGAAACAUUUGGAGGAGGUUCAUAACAUACAUGUGAUGCUGAUCUAAUUAUUUAAGCAAAAUCUUAAGGCAUGUAUGAGCACCAUAGCAUACUGUGAAAUUCUCAAAUAAAAGCAGAGUAAAAGAAAAAAAAACGUCAAGUUGGAGAAGAUUAUAGCUCAAAUGGUGAAUUCAGCAUAAUGUACAUUUUCAUUUAGUGAAUGAAAACUAAAGGCUUUCAACAUGAGCUAGUUAGAAAUAAAGGCCUGGGUCUAAUAUAGUCCUGUUCCAAAUAAAGGCCUGGCUCUUUCUGCUGUUGAGGCCACUGUUGACAGCGUAACCCCAGUGUUUUCAUCUGCUUUUCUUGUCUAUCGUGCUAGCCCUGAACACAUGCAGAGAAAGGACUAUGCUGUGGUGUUGGUCUGAUCUUUCAUCUGUCCACUGCCACAGUCUGCCUACCUCUGUUCCAUACAUGUCCAAUCACAGACAGAAAUGGCAAAGAAAAUAUGCUUUUGGAGUAAAUUUUAUUUUCCUUCAACAUGCAGAAGCGCUGGUGGAUGGUAUGUGUCAUGGUUUAGCAUUUUACCUCAGCAAGCACUAAAUGGAAAGGAGACAAAGAGAUGUUCAGUCCAUAUGAAGCAGAAGAAAAUGGAACAGUUGUGGAUUAACUUCCCUGCGGCUGAUUUUAUUAAAGUAUCAGUCCUCCUUGCAUGUCAGGCCUAUUUGAAUAAAGACUGCCAGGGAGCUAGACUUUAUAAAGACUUUAUGGACUUUAUAACUAACUCAUGUCCAUCGAAACUGAAGGAUCAGAUGAACUACAUUGUGCAGCUCAAAUUUUCGCUCAAAUUCUCACUCAACCAGCCUGAGCUGGACACAAAUCACAACACUUCCAUGCAAAUAUACCGUGUCCCACAUGGCUUUGUCGUGUUGAGAUGCUGUAGUUACCACUGACUAAGCAGUAUAAAAGGAGCUAACAGAACAGCUUCAAAACUCACAUACAACAUCGGUCUUGUUGCCGUUGAGCAGUUCUGACCUUCCCAAUGACCAAACAGAAUGCUUUUGAUUGGGUAUUGCAGCCCUGGUCAGACAUGUCCAAAUAUAUAAGAAUGAACACAUCUGAAGCUUCUCUUUUCUCUCCAUCAUCACUGUCAUAGUAAUGUGUCAUGUGGAUAAACUGGGAGGUGUUAGAGAGAAAUAUACAACUGUGAGUUCAUGUGCACAAGCAACAUACAUAAACAGGGUGACAACAGGAAAUCACAGCAGUACAGUAUAUGUAUGAUGUUGCCACUGGACAUCUUAUCUUCCUGGUUGGCUGGUCAUGCAGAUAAUGCAGCUUUAUGUUUGUUUUUGAUCCAUGGCAAGUUUAAAAAAGGUGAGGGCCCAGGACCAUGUGGAAAAAAUAGAUUUCACUUCUGAAAUUCUCCAAACAUUUUUCCAUGUGGCUCUACUCUGACUUAUUCCCACCUCAGCCAGUGUUGUCAUACAUGAGAUCAUACAGUGAAUAUCACUGGGAUACAGCUGAGGAUAAUCUGAUAGACACUUCUCAAAGUGGUGAAAUUAGAACAAUACAGCAAACAAAGACAUACCAAACAUACGCUCAACAGUCUAUUCUGUAAUGCACAAAGUUGGAAACUGACAAAACAAAACUGUUUAAAUGUAGGUGGAGUCAGCUGACUGCUCAGCCCGUCUCCUGGUGCUUCACUGCUUCUCCAAGUCUGUGUGAUGUCUGUCAUGGAUAGAAAUCAGACUGCUAGAUUGAAAUUGUAUAUAUUAUGACAGAUGGAGGAUGCUCCUAUCUCUAAAGUAUUUUUGGGCCAGCCCUUAACCUGUCAUCUAUAAGGAGUUGUAACAUGAACUGAACCACCAAACUGAGAAAUGACUUAUUUUCAUUGCUAAGGAUUACUAGCCCAAAAUGUUCUGGAUUACUUUUUGCUUUAGCAUCUUGAAGGAAUCAGAGAAUUGGUUGACUUGUAAAGGACUUCAUUGGUCAUAUAUAUGGACAGCUCUGCCCUGUAGGACUGCAGAGAAUGGAUAGAGCUGACUGUUCUAGGUUCAGGAUGUGGGUUCUCCUCAAAUAUGGAAAAGGGGUUGCUUUGAGAAAGAUGGAACAAUGUCAUUAAAAAUGUUGAAAAUUGAAUUUGCAGGUUCUAUGGACUGAAUAUGAUGCAAGUCCAGCCUUGUUUGUGUAUUGUGUACAGAUGUCAUGGAUGACGAUAUGCUUCCAUGGUGUUUAUAUGUUUAUAAGGAAAGAACAAGACUAUUUCACAUAUUAAAAAAUAAAAUAACGGGAAAUAA